AUGAGUAUCUUGGUAGCAACAGCGGAUAAGAGCGAACUUCUGGAAAGCAUAUGGAUGGGCAAGGAAAGUUUCUGGACCGAUGACGAUAAUGAAGCAGGAGUUGAUCGUUGGACCAAGAUAAUACAAAAAGGGAAGAAACAAAUUUUCUUUGAAGAGCAGUUCCGCAUCGAUUAUGGGGCUCGUACAACUCAGGUUGAAAGCCCCACCAUUCAUAAUAUUGGGGGACCAUCCAAUAAUGCAGAAAAUAGUCUUCCUCAUGCAGAUUCAGUGAAGGAUCUUGGAGUUGAGGCUUUAAAAGCGAUGGAAGAAAACGAAGAGAAAAGUCUUAGGGUUAGUGAACCCGGUCUUGGUGAACUGCCGUCGGAAGAGGAAAGUGAUACUCGAUCGGAGAAAGAUGUUGGUGAUAAUUCAUUGGAGAAAGAUAAAGAUGAUAAUCCGUCGGAGGAAGAUGGCGGUGCUACUCUGUCGGAGGAAGAUGGUUGUGAUAUUCCGUCGGAGAAAGAUAAAGAAGGUGGUUCUAAGGAUGAUAGUGUUCUCACUAUUGCAAACCAAGUUCAGUGUGACCAUGGUAAUGGUGAUGAUGAAAUGGAUGAUACUGCAGAGAUGUAUGCAGCGGCCGCGCAGCUCAAGACUAAGAUGUCUGAAAAGGCAAAGACUAAAAAGAAGAAAGAGAAGAGGGCGAGAAUAUAUGAUGGAAAAUAA